UGGAUACUUUCCCUUGGGUCUGCGCUUGCCGUGUGGUGACUUCAGGGGCUGGGGAGGCGGACAAAGGGAUGGAUGAAGUCAGCGGAGCAGGAGUUCGUAGGCGGCUGUUACCGCUGCCGCCAAUUGAAGGAAGUCGGUACCCCGGAAGUGGCUGAUCUAUUGGGUUUGAAAGGGAGGCCGUUCCUCUUACUACGGUGGCCGAGGAACUGGAGGUGCCUGUGCGCGGUGCUGAGGUCGGAGCGGCUGCUGUGCGGGCUGUUUCUGUGGCGGCUUACGCUAGAGCUGGAACGUUUCCCGGGUCGGUGGCUCCUGCACAUUUUGUACACUUCUCCCGUUCUGAUUCGGAGAGGGAUUCGACCUGAGGCGAAGGGAGUCCGGAACAGUCAGUACAAAAGAUUAAACUCUGUAGAAGAAUGAAAUCAAGUGAUGGCUGUUUCUUUAGAAUUUGAAUAUGGAGGCCACAGGAACAGAAGAAGUUGACAAGCUAAAAACUAAAUUUAUAUCUGCUUGGAACAAUAUGAAAUAUAGUUGGGUGUUGAAAACAAAGACGUAUUUUAGUAGAAAUUCUCCUGUAUUAUUGCUUGGAAAAUGUUAUCAUUUUAAAUGUGAAGAUGAAAAUAAACUGUUACCUGCAAGAUCAGGAUGUACAAUAGAAGAUCAUGUGAUUUCGGGAAAUGUAGAAGAAUUUCGUAAAGAUUUUAUUUCAAGAAUAUGGCUGACCUAUAGGGAAGAAUUUCCUCAAAUAGAAGGCUCAUCUUUGACAACAGACUGUGGUUGGGGCUGUACAUUACGAACUGGCCAGAUGCUAUUGGCUCAAGGACUCAUACUGCACUUUCUUGGUAGAGCUUGGACCUGGCCUGAUGCUUUGAACAUUGAAAAUUCAGACUCUGAAUCAUGGACUUCCCACACUGUAAAAAAAUUUACUGCAUCAUUUGAAGCAUCGCUGUCAGGGGAAAGAGAACUCAAAACCCCAACAAUUUCUCUGAAGGACACAAUUGGGAGGUACUCUGAUGAUCAUGAAAUGCGAAAUGAAAUUUAUCACAGGAAAAUCGUCUCUUGGUUUGGUGACUCCCCCUUGGCUCUCUUUGGCUUACAUCAACUGAUAGAAUAUGGAAAGAAGUCUGGGAAAAAAGCUGGAGAUUGGUAUGGACCAGCUGUGGUGGCUCACAUUUUAAGAAAAGCAGUUGAAGAAGCAAGACACCCUGAUUUACGAGGAAUAACUAUUUAUGUUGCGCAAGAUUGUACAGUUUACAGUUCAGAUGUAAUUGAUAAACAGUGUGCUUCCAUAGCCUCUGGGAAUACAGAUGACAAAGCUGUUAUUAUUCUAGUUCCUGUUAGACUUGGUGGAGAAAGAACCAACACCGACUACUUAGAGUUUAUAAAGGGUAUUUUAAGUCUUGAAUAUUGUGUGGGAAUUAUUGGUGGCAAACCAAAACAGUCAUAUUACUUUGCUGGAUUUCAAGAUGACAGUUUGAUUUACAUGGAUCCUCAUUACUGCCAGUCUUUUGUAGAUGUCAGCAUAAAGGAUUUCCCUCUUGAGACAUUCCACUGCCCUUCUCCCAAAAAGAUGUCAUUUCGAAAGAUGGAUCCUAGCUGUACAAUAGGAUUCUACUGUCGAAACGUUCAGGACUUCAAACGAGCUUCUGAAGAAAUCACUAAGAUGCUGAAAAUUUCUUCUAAAGAGAAAUAUCCCUUAUUUACUUUUGUAAAUGGUCAUUCCAGAGACUAUGAUUUUACAUCUCCUACAACCAAUAAGGAAGACAUUUUCUCAGAGGAUGAAAAUAAAAGAUUAAAAAGAUUUAGCACAGAAGAGUUUGUCUUGCUUUAAAAGAUAAGAAGAACUCUUUGAAGGGGGAAAAUGAAGAGAAACAAGUAUACAAGAAACUGGUUUAUUUUCACAAAUAUCUUAAUUUUAUAUGUUCUUUCAAAAAAGAACAGUUGGAAAUAUACAAGUUUUAAAGAUAUUUUUUUGAGAGAGAAAUGAUUUAUGAGCCUUGGUUUCUAAUAAAUAACAAGUGACUCUGGUUGCAUCACUAUUAUGCGGAGACCUUCUAAUUAUGCCACCUUAACUUCCAAGCCUUCCAAUUUUUGAAUUCUUCCACCUGAGGCCACCAGUUUCCUGAAGGUUUUGUGAUAUAGGCCCCCACAUUGGGAUUCCAAAUAGUUUCAAAAGCUUCAGUUCAUACUAAUGACCAGAAGAACAAGAGAAUGCAUCUCCUGAUAUUAAUGCAACCAUAUUGGAUGUAUAUUGCUACAUGAAAUAGCAAUUGUUAGCUGUUAUUAUAUGCAUACAAUUAUAUAAGCAGAAUUGUGAGUUUAGGUAAUAUUUAGCAAUAUGAUUUUAUAAUGGCUUCUCGUUUUUCUUGCUGUUGAGCUUUCUUUGAGGAGUAAUAUAAAGUAUUGGUUUUUCCCACAAACUUAAAGGUUAUGUUACUCACAAUAAUGGCACCUAGUCAGAUCAGAUAAAGGCAAUUUUAAGACAGAAAUAGUAUUUGUUUCUUACCUCAAAAAUUAAAUUUUAUGGGGAACUCUAUUUACUGUGUAGCUUUGAAAUCUAAAGAUAAGUACCAAGAAAGAUAUCAACAGAUGCUCCUCUAUGUGAUUUUUGUUAUUUGUAUAAAUCAGUGUAGUGGUGUUUAGAAGCUGAGGCCAUCUAGAAGUUUAAUCUGCCUUAAGUGUGUUAUGUGUUAUUUAAAGGCCAAUUUGUGAUAUAAAAGUACAAGAGUUAUUAUUGAGCCAGGAUUAUAAAUAACUACUUUAAUAAAGAUGUGAUAACAUAAAA